AUGACGGCGACGGCGACGACGACGACGGGGAGAUCGAGGCUAUGGGAGUAUUUCCACACGGAAUACCAGCCUGGCGAACAGAAGCUAGUGCGCAAGAUCGACUUUUUCAUCUUGAGCUUUUGCUGCCUGAGCUAUUUCACCAAUUACCUCGACCGAUCCAACCUCAACAAUGCGUACGUGUCGGGUAUGAAGGAGGACUUGGGCUUCGUAGGCGAUCAACUGAACCAGAUCAACACCUGCUUCACGAUCGGCUACGUCGUCGGCCAGAUCCCGGCCAACCUGUCGCUGCACUACCUUAAGCCGCGCUACUUCUUCCCAGCCUGUAUGGUUAUCUGGGCCUGCCUCACUAUGGUCACCGCCUCCGUGAACAAACCCGAGAGCAUCAUGGCCAUCCGCUUCUUUCAAGGCAUCGCUGAAGCCACCACUUUCGUCGGCACUCAUUAUAUCCUCGGCUCAUGGUACACGGAGAGUGAGCUGGGGAAGCGGUCCGGCAUAUUUACCGCGUCUGGCCUAGCUGGAACUAUGAUCGGAGGUUUCAUCCAGACGGGCAUUUAUUCCAGCUUGCACGGUAGAAAUGGCCUCCCCGGUUGGCGUUGGCUGUUUAUUAUGGAUGGUCUUAUCACGAUUCCGGUCGCGCUCUACGGCUUUCUCUUCUUCCCAGACACGCCCUCGACGACAAGUGCAUUCUACCUUACGGAGUCCGAGAGAGCUUUAGCCGUAUCUCGCGUGCCGCCGGUGGAGGACCGGUCUCCCAUAUCUUGGACGUUCUUCAAGAAUUCUUUCUCGUCUUGGUUCUUUUGGGGAUUUAUGGUCCUAUGGAUCAUUGCCGGCGAAACCGAGUCUUUCAGCACUAACGCCCUGUUGGCGCUGUACAUGAAGAGCCAUCCGACGAUAAAGUAUUCGGUGGCCCAGCUAAACAACUACCCAACAGGCGUGCCCGCGGCUGGCAUUGUGUCGACGCUCUUCUGGGCGACGCUUACUGACUUCCUUAGAGGCAAGCGUUACCUAGUUGGUUAUUUCAUCGCCAUCACAGGCGUAGCCACCUCGGCCAUGAUCUUAGCGGCCUCCAAAGACCCGACGAAUCCGGCGUCGACCAUGAUCGUGUUCGGCGCCUACUACUGGGCGGGCGCCGUCUAUGCUUGCCAAGCUACCUUCUUUGCUUGGGCUAAUGAUGCUCUUCGCUACGAGCCGCACAUGUUCCGAGCCAUCGUGCUCGCCGGUAUGAACCUCGGAAGCAACGCCGUGAAUGCUUGGUGGAGCAUCGUAUUUUACGGGGCGUCCAUGGCGCCUUGGUUCAUCAGGGGUAUGUGGGCAAUGAUUGCCACAUCUAUCCUGCUAGGUAUCUGGACUGCUGUUUUAUCAUACUCAACGGUUAAGUAUGAGAGGGCGCGAAGGGCAGAGCUUAGCGAGGGUGUCGGAGGCCUUAAAAAUGUCAACGAUGAGGCAUAA